AUGUCUGAUGCUCCGGCGAGUCCUGGCGGUGGGAGUCACGAAAGCGGCGAGCACAGUCCUCGUUCUAACAUCCGUGAGCAAGAUAGGUUUCUUCCUAUCGCGAACAUUAGCCGCAUCAUGAAGAAAGCUUUACCUGCCAACGGCAAAAUCGCGAAAGAUGCUAAAGAGACCGUUCAGGAAUGCGUCUCCGAGUUCAUCAGCUUCAUCACCAGCGAGGCCUCUGAUAAGUGUCAGAGAGAGAAGAGGAAGACUAUUAACGGCGAUGAUUUGCUUUGGGCGAUGGCUACUCUAGGUUUUGAGGAUUAUAUUGAUCCUCUUAAGAUUUACCUCACGAGAUACAGAGAGAUGGAGGGUGAUACCAAGGGCUCUGGCAAGGGUGGAGACUCGUCUGCUAAGAAAGAUCUUCAACAAGGUUCUAAUUCUCAGCUUGUUCAUCAAGGUUCUUUCUCACAAGGCGUUUCUUACACAAAUUCUCAGGGUCAACAUAUGAUGGUUCCUAUGCAAGGCCCAGAGUAG